AUGUUCAGCUUCAGCAACCUGAAGAGACUUCUGGUUCUUCUGCUGAUGCUACCUAAGCUUUCCGAGGUGUACCUAGCCUAUAACCAGAUAAAUCAUAUUGAACCUGGUACAUUUUCAAACUUACUAAAUCUACGACUUUUGAAUCUGGAAAACAACAAAAUCAGUAUCGUUCAGAAUGGAACAUUUUCAAACCUGCCGAAACUCGCGACACUGUUGCUAAGCAACAAUCAAAUCACGGUUCUGUCAGAAUAUACUGAUGAGCUGAUGUCGAUUGCAAAUGUAUACCUUAAGAACAACCCAUGGCAGUGUGACUGUAGGAUGGUUUCCUUCAGACAAAAGAUGGUUGGGAAACGGUUUGAGGAUCACAUCAUAUGUGAAGAGCCCAGUCGUUUGUUUGGGCAAAAGCUUAAAGAUAUCGAACCUGAUGAUCUGAUCUGUGACGAACCACAAAUAGUAACGUUUAAGAUGAUAAAUGGAAACAGGCCAGUGUUAGAGGGGGAGACAGUCAUUCUAAACUGUGACGUGUCGGGAAUUCCAACCCCAGACAUCACAGUCACUCUCCCUUCUGGCAGGAAUGCAACUGUUGAGUCAGGUGGGAGAGUGACUGUGGAGGCGAACGGUAUCAUCACCAUAGAGAACAUUACCGCUACAGAGUCUGGUCUGUACGUCUGUUUGGCAGCGAGUCCUGGUGGCUCCACGUCUGCCAACCUGUCUAUUUAUGUACAAGGAUCAUCAUCUGUAAGCCCCACGUCUAUUUACGUACAGGGACCAUCAUCUGUAAGCCCCACGUCUAUUCACGUACAAGGGCCAUCAUCUGUAAGCCCCUCAAUAUCCUUUGGAUUUGAACAGUUGUGA